UGUAUCAUAAAUUAACAACAGCCGUUGAUAUGUACACACAGGAAAGGAAAAUGGCGAUGCAUCUGAUCGGGAGAAAUCAGUCCAAGAAACAAUGACAUCUCUGAAGAGACCAACGCACGAGUUGUCCCCCAAGUACGGCGGAAUCCCCACCAAAAUGCCUACCCUAGUGAGACAGCGAUCUCCGGUGGCUUCCAAGUCCUUUAUGAGUUCAGCAAGCGUCGAUCCAGAAUCGUACUAUUUGAUGAAGGAAUCUUCGGCUCCAACCGAAGUGACUGGGGAGACCAAUCUGAUAAGUCACUAUGGCCUGGAGCACAGCUACCAGAGGUUCUCCAGCAAGAAGGUCAAGGAGCAACUCAGCGCAUUCCUACCUCACUUACCAGGGAUGAUUGACACAGUUGGAGCACAGGACAACAGCAGCUUGCGAGCUUUAAUUGACAAACCACCCAUCGGAGGCAAGGAGAUAAUCCCCCUCUCAGGACCAGCCUUGGCGGGCUUCAAGCUGCACCCAGGAUCUAUUCCUGAACAGUUUAAGUUGUUACACCAUCAGCCAGUCAAGAAACACAAGCACAAGAAGCACAAGAAGGAGCACCGCCCUCCCGACCCGACAGAAACCACGACAACAGUUGGUGAGGCCGGGACGGAGGGGAGCCACGACAAGAAACACAAGAAGCAAAAGAAACACGAAGAUGGAGAGCGUAAGAAACGCAAGAAGGAGAAGAAAAAGAAAAAGCAAAGACAGAGUCCUACCCACCCCAGUGUUGGUUCAUCACACAAUGGAAGCGGACCCGGCAGGCCUUGAACUGAAACACAAGGCGUCACUGUAUUACAAAUUUUGUACAUAGAGUGGAAUACAUAAAGGGGCUGUAUUGCGCCAGUUAUAGCUUAAAGUCCAAGAAAGAUUUGACGAACUGUAGUCUGUAUAUUUUCGUUUCAGGAUUUGUUAACCUUAGAAACCAUAGCCAUGCAAGUGACAACUUGCAUGAAGACAGCUCCACUGCCAAACCUUUUAAAGCAUUGUUUUUUUUUUUUAAAUUGGGAAGUUUUUGGAACAGAUUGUCCUGGGCAUAUGCUCCUGAUCUAAGAGGUCAAAGGUGAUGAAACAGAUCUUCAAAUGACCCUGAACAUGCUGCACUUUUUCAUGUGAAGAUAUCCCCCAUUCGUUUUUGAGGGAGGUAAUUCUCUAACAGUUCUGAGAGAAAUGUCCGUAGUAACUCUUAUUUGAAAAGUGAGGUCGAAGUUACCCUGCAGCUUUGUACAUGUAUAGUGAUACAUAUCAGUACUUAUGUAUUAAACUUCCCACAUAUCAGUCAAUAGUGAACAAGGAAAUGACCCUUGACCAUCACUUCACAAAACUGCAAGAUUUUCAGUAAUUGAUUUAAAGGAUCAUAUCAGUUUUAUAGAUAAAGAAUAAAGUUCCUAGGCAAGAAAUCUUUUGUUUCACCAAAUUAAAUGGAACUGGUGACAUUUUGGGUCACUUUGGUUCUGAAGACAAAAGCAGUUUUUGUUUGACUAAUGGAAUGGAGUGUAUGAGAAAUUGUCAUUAGUUUUGACUUGUGCUUUUGAAUUGCCUUCUUUUUUCAACUCUAAAACCACCCAGUUCAGGGUAUAUUUUGUGUUUUGUCAGUGGCCUACAUGGAAGGUCAGUGUGAGUGAAUUGGCCACACAGAGAACUUCUCUAUACUCAAUUUUUUGGGGCUAAUUGAUUUUGUGUACUCGAGCAUGAUCAUGUAGAUCCAGAAAAAAUGGGUAAAAAUUUGGAAGGAAAUUGUCACAGAAAUGCACUUGUAGCAAGGUUUCAAGUAACACAGCUUGUGCAAGUGGUCACAAAAAAUAUAUUUUGUACACUAAAUACGUAGCACAGAUAGAGGAGAGUUUAAGGUAGUUGGAUUUAAAAUAGUAAAGUGUUUCAUUUUUGGAAAAUAUCUGAACUGAUCUACCUGUUGGUUUGUAAAUAACCUAAACUGAGCAUGAACUCGGACACAUUUAUUUCUCAAGGUGUCUGGACCGUUAGAGUAUUUAACCCCCCCUUCCUUUCCCCAAAACAAAAUAAAUCCAUUGGAAUGAUCACUGCAUUACUAUUGAAUAUUUGUCGGUGACAAACUUUUAUCUUCCCACGUCCAUUACUCUUCCGAGUUGAAAUUGUAGUGGAAAGAUGAAGAACAGUCUACCUGCUUCACUUUUAAAAUUCAGAACGGUACGUGUCGGCCAGUCAAAUGCAGAUCUUGGCUAGUUGUGCCUGUCUAAAAGCCAGUUCAUACUAGGGUGUGAAAAUGAACACGAACUUGAUUUUGUGAUGUCGGAUCGAAUAUUCGGGCUGCAAAUUUGUGAAGACUGAAAGCAUUUCAACUCGAAUGAAAUUCACAUCGAACAUCUCGCGAAAUCAAAUUCACUUUCUUUCAAAUGAUUCACUUGAAGUAUAAAUUGGCCAGAAAGAGAAGUCGGUGUUCGGUACAAAUGAAACGCCUUCUCUAAUGUGCAGCCCGCAGAUAACAUCAUAUUGAGAAUAGUUGUCCAUUACCACUGAGGCAAAAAAGUAAGCUGAUCUGAUGUACAUGGAGUCGGAAUGCUUAUCACUCACUUCAAACAUGGAUGGUUUAAAAAUAAGAGAAAAAAACACUGGGGUACUGUGUUGGUCAUCGGCAGGUAUGUUGAGUAACAUGGUGUGCUAUUUACGAUCACUGUAUAUCCCAGACCUGAUGGAUCCAAUGUGUUUGGUUUCAGUGGUGCUCUGUUGUAAUGUACCCUAUCUGACUGCAAUAAGACAGCUUUUCUUUCGAGCUGAUUUUCUGUUUCCUUUCUUCAAAUGUCUAGCUAUUAGUGUAGAUUACUGUAGAGGGUGCUGUGCUGUGGGAUGGUAUUCUGGUCAAGCAAGUACCUUUACUUUGAAAUACAUGUACAUUGUAUAUUGGGAUGUAAACCCACAUAAAAGUUACUGUUGAAAUAUCUUUGUCACAUGUUAAUAAAGAGGUGUGCCAAUCUGACCCUAGUUA